CUCCAUUGCCCGUGGACAAUUAGUGAUCCAGAUGUGAGAGUGUAGAGCAAAAACUACCUACUUUCUUGCUCUUUAAAAAAAUAUUUUUUUUUUAUUGAUUUUAGAGAAAGGAGAGGGGGAGAUAGAAACAUCAGUGAUGAGAGGGAAUCAAUCAUUGAUUGGCUGCCUCCUGCAUGUCCCACACUGGGGAUCAAACCCCAAACCCCAACGUGUGCCUUGACAGGGACUCAAACCAUGGAAUCAAACCAUGACUUCCUGGUUCAUGGGUCCCCGCUCAACCACUGAGCCAUGCCAGCAGGACCUACUUUCUUGCUUUUAAAGACAAUUCCCAAAUGACUUCUUAGUUUAGGAAUAAUUAAGGCAAAGGAAGAAACAUGCUUUUAUAGCUGCAAAAGAAGAUGCUAGAUUUUAAAAGUAGAUUGUGGUAUAUAAUAGUUUUGUCUCUUGUGAUUGCAAGAAGCCAAGACCUACUGAGGUUAACCAUUUUUUUCCUUUCAUAGAUAAAAUAUAAGAAUUAAAAUACAUAUAAACACAAGGUAUAUAUAUGGUUCAGCAUUCUUCUUACCAACUGAUUAAACCUGAGAAUAAUUUUAAUCGUUGAAAUAUAUUACCUUUAAAUGUAUUCAACAUUUUGUGGUGUACUUCCUACAUGCAAAGCAUCGUGCCAGGCAUUGGAAAUAGAUACAAGCAGGACAGGUGUGGCCUCCUGACUUCAAGGAUUCUAGCAAAAGAAGCAGUUAAAUAGGCUUUUAUAAGAAAGAGUUAUGAUAGAGAAAACAUAGCCUUCGAUGAGACUGCAUAACCAAAACACCUUUAGAAGACUUUCUAGAGGUCAGUUAAGGUAAGAAGCUGGAAAAUGAGAGGAGUCAGCUAUGAAGGAGAUGAAAAGGGAAAAGUGUUCGAGGCGUCAGCUUCUGAAAGGCUGGAGGUAUAGAGAUCAUCUAUAAGAUGUUUAAUAGUUAUGCAUUUGAGAAGUUCAUGAUUAGUUAUAAAGGCAACUAAUAGACAUAGUAGCCUAAAAUAAAUAGUGUUUAAUUUUUAUCUAGUCCAUUUAUGUAGGUUCUUGAAGACCAUCCUCAAAUAUUUCUCUGUGAAACUUCCCAAACCUACUUUAGCUAAAAGACACCACACUGUAAUUCAGUUCCCGUUGUCUUUGUUAUGCUAUUGACAAGUAGUCACAUUGUCAUGUCCUUUUUUUUAAAUCUAAUUUUUGAACCACUAGUCAUUUCUGUGUUUAUGUUAUCUCUUCAGGUAAUAUAGUGAGCGUCCUGAACCUUGAGCUUGUUGAACCUUGUAUAUGGUAAUAAAAAGCUCAGUAAGCAGGGGUUUAGUCACUUAGCAGAUAACGGAGUACAAAGAAAGUCUAGUUGUAAUCCGAGUUUUCUUUCAUCUCUGAUACUGCGUAACUCCUCUGGAUUAAGUUGUCUUUCCUGUCAGAUGACAGAAUCACCUCUUCCCGGUGGAGAUGGGGCCUGGAGGGAUGAUUUCACUUUUCAAACUAAGUAGUAAAGUUGGGUUUUCUUUGAGGGCCUUAGCCACGCUCACAACCCUCGAAGAGCAAAGUGUUGGAUGAGGGCUCUUGUUAUGGAAGGGAGUAUAAUGCACAGGAAGCGCCCAGAAGUGAAGGAAGAUUCUUCAAUCAGUAUGUCAUCCAACACAGAUGUUUCUCUUUCUUCAUAUGAUGAAGGUCAGGGAUCUAAAUUUAUCCGAAAAGCUAAAGAGGCACCAUUUGUCCCUAUUGGAAUGGCGGGUUUUGCAGCAAUUGUUGCAUAUGGAUUAUAUAAACUGAAAAACAGGGGAAAUACUAAAAUGUCCGUUCACCUGAUCCACAUGCGUGUGGCAGCCCAAGGUUUUGUUGUGGGAGCAAUGACUCUUGGUAUGGGCUAUUCCAUGUAUAAGGAAUUCUGGGCAAAACCUAAACCAUAGAAGAAGAGAUGCUGUCUUGAUGGUGUUUGCUAUAGUUAGACAUCUCAUAUUGAGGUUAUAUGUUUAUGUUGAAAAUAAUCAUUUGAGAGGGUCAGACAAUAACACAUUAAUUUGAAUAUUGGCUUCCUUUUUUGCAGGCUUGAUUUCCCAGGUGACUAAAUUACUAGUGACUAGUUCACUAGCUAGGUCAUUCAGGGGAGUCAGGUUAGCACAUAAGAAAUGCAUUUGACGUGGUAAAAUGUCCACCUUGUUAAACUCUUCUGGUGAAAUUAGUUCUAAGCAAGAACUACAUGCCAAUCCUGAAGUACUCCCAGUUGCUGCAGAAUCUCACAUGCUUUUGAUGUUAUGUAGGAAUCCUAUUUGCCCCAGUUACUUUGACUUUAUUCUGCCUGCCUUGUGGACUGAAUGAGGAGUUCAGUUUUUAGGGUUGAUUGGCUCUUUUUUUUUUUUAAAUAUAUUUUAUUGAUUUUUAACAGAGAGGAAGGGAGAGAGAUAGAGAGCCAGAAACAUCGAUGAGAGAGAAACACCGAUCAGCCGCCUCCUGCACAUCUCCCACCGGGGACGUGCCCGCAACCCAGGCACAUGCCCUUGACCGGAAUCGAACCCAGGACCCUUGAGUCCGCAGGCCGACGCUCUACCCACUGAGCCAAACCGGCCUCGGCUGAUUGGCUCUUAACGAACCCUUUCAGAACAGUGCAUGGCAUAUAAUGUUACAAACCUCCCCACAACUGAACGUGUGUGUUUAAACCAAACCUAACAUGCUGAUAAUAGCUGCUAGAAGGUAGUAUUUAUUUUAGAGUCACACUUGUAAAUGUAAAAUAAUUAUGGACCCCAGUUUAGCUCUUUUCUAAUUGCAGAAUUAUAUUUUUGCUGCUGUUAUAUUAGAAUAAUUUUUAAAUGUCACUUUGAAAUAGAUAUAUGUAUUUUAAGUGCCAACACAAAGGUAAUGAAAGACAGUUUUAAAUAUUUGCUGUAUGUUCAUUUUCUCUGUAAGAAUCAUAAAUGUUAAACUAAACAAAUACCUAUAAUGGAAAUGAUGACUGAUUCAAGAGCAAGCUCUGGAAAGACAUUAUACAGAAACUUUGAUGUACUACAGAAGGCUUUAUUGCACUUGUGAAAUUCUAACCUGAAUUACAUUCCAUGGUGAUAACAUGGUAAAUGUAUUGUUAUUAAAGUAAGUGAACAUGUCAAA